CGCCCACCGGCCUGGAGGAGGAGCCGCCGCCCCGGGGCCCGGAGCCGCGCGGCCGGGCCAUGGAGAGCUUCCCGCUGCGGGAGGAGGCGGUGGGGCUGCCUGGCGAGGCCUCGGAAGAGUCCGAGGGCGGCAGCCGGCGCUGGGGAGCGCAGCACGCCGGGGCCCGCGAGUUGGCCGAGCUCUACUCGCCAGGAAAGAGACUACAAGAGUGGAUCUCUGUCAUCUUAUGCUUCUCUCUGAUCUGUUUCAAUUUUUACAAUCUUCUCUUCUACUUGCGACUUGAACACACGCCCUCCAUUAUUGUUGGGAUAUUUGCAGGAGUAAUUACAGCGGACUUUCUGUCGGGAUUAUUUCACUGGGGAGCAGACACCUGGGGAUCUGUGGAGCUACCCAUCGUUGGAAAGGCGUUCAUCAGACCAUUUAGAGAACAUCAUAUUGACCCAACAGCGAUUACCAGGCAUGAUUUCAUAGAGACCAACGGAGACAACUGCUUAAUGACGUUGGUCCCACUGGCAAACAUGGCGUACAAAUUUGUUUCCUUUUCCCCAGAAGCAUUAUAUGAAACAUGUCCUUGGGAGUGCUAUGUCUUUGCCCUUAUCAUCUUCAUAACCAUGACAAACCAGAUUCACAAGUGGUCUCACACGUAUUUUGGUCUUCCACGCUGGGUCAUCUUUCUACAAGACUGGCAUGUUAUCCUGCCUCGGAAACAUCACAGGAUUCACCAUGUGUCUCCACAUGAGACAUACUUCUGCAUUACAACUGGUUGGCUGAACUAUCCGUUAGAGAAGAUCGGAUUCUGGAGGCGUUUGGAGAACAUGAUCCAAGGACUUACUGGGGAGAAGCCAAGAGCAGAUGACAUGAAAUGGGCUCAGAAAAUUAAGUAACUUUUGCCAGCCGUCUGCAGUCCUUACCUUUGUUGCCAAUUUUUAUUUUAAAGAAGCCAUCAGCCAAAUUCAAGACCUGCAAAGAAAUAACAGACUCUAAAGCACAAACUAAGAAGUGCUAACAGACUGUAAUUUAAAGAACUAAUUCUUAAAACAAUACUUGAAGAUGAUUACUCUUACUGAGCACCUUUUGUUUAGCCAUGUCGCUUACAUCUUAGAAAAUACUUCAUCACUGUAUUUUGUAAAGCUGUCAGGCAAGCCAGAAGGCAGGACAGUUAUUUCAUUGGUACGUGGUGGCUUUGUAAACGUGUUGUAUCAACAUUAUUUAACACUUCAAAAAUAGCUUGUUGCCUAAGACCUCUGGGGGGAAUGGUGACAACAGUUUGUCACUUCAUGUUUGAGUCCAAAUAACACUGCAUGAAAACAGUGUGUCAGAGUACUGGAAGCCUAUAAAAUCAUCACUGUUCAAUGCACUCUUUGGUAAACUUGCAGCUCCAUCUUUGCUAUCAUGUUAAAUCUAACUGAUGUAACGUGGAACAGAACUUUGAGAAUCCCACUCCGCCGGUGGGUCAUGAAUUCACAAGUGUCUUCAGUUUCCCUUAACAUAAAAUUGUUCCACUCUCUACGUGGAAUUGAGCAAACCAUUUCUGUAUAAGCCUUCAGUUGUACCUUAACAACUGCCUGAGAAGAGGGAGGGCACAGCACAUGCUUACACUUGUUUGUGUGGAGUGCUCACUGAUGAGCCUUCUAUUAAGUGUUUCCUACCCUGAAAUAAACGUGUGAAAUAGUUAUAGCAUUGGGCACAUUGCAAGUAGCUGUAUUUGAGAGCUCAAGAUAUCAAACUUGUAAUGUUAGAAGGGAAAUGUCAAUGACUGAUGUUUUGUUCAUAUUUUUUUUUAAGGUGCUUGCUUGUUUCUGUAAAUAAUAUAAGGCCUUAAUCUCUUCUGGUGUAACGGAAUAAUAUUUUAAUGUGAUGUUUGAAUGUAUAUAAUAUAUUUAUAACAGAGCAAUUGGAUAAUACUAAUCACAUUUGUUAUGA